UUUGGGUUUUGAUCUUUAAGAAGAGGGAAACAUAGGCUGGUUUGAGAAAGCACCAUCUCAGCUUAGAUUCAGACUCACAUUUGCCUCUAAACAGAAGAACCAGACACGAAAUUAGUCUUACUGGCUAUAUAACUGGUGUUUCUGGGAACUGGGUUGAUUUGGGUGUCCUAGAAAUGUGGUCUUUUUGAUAUAGUCUUUUUGGGCUUGUUUGAUCAGAGAUCUAUGUUUGAUGUUUGGAUAAUUGUCUGAGAGAUCUAUGUUUGAUGUUUGGUUAAUUGUCUGAGGAAAUGGGGUUUCUGAGAUCUGGGGUUUGAAGGUCGCUCCUCUGUAUCUUCUCUGAAACAGGCGGCUUGGCAUCUGAAAGAAAUGGCUACUGGUCUAAAUGCUGAAUUAUCGAAAACUGCCAUUCUUGGCCUUAAGGUUUGGGAAUUGAUUGGGAUCAUUGUGGGGUUAUUUAUUGUAGUUAUCCUCUUUGCAUUAACGUUUUAUCUUACUUCGCGGAAGAAAUCGAGAAGAGCUAGAGAAAAUAUUCCCCUUAGUCAAAUUCCAGUUGAUUCAAAGGAAAUUAAGGAAGUACGUGUGGAGCAAGUAUCAACAAAUGAAUUUGCUCCACGAGAGGGGAUUCUUCUCACAAUUCAUGACAAAUCCAGUGAUAAAGAAUCAGAUAAGGUUCUGGUCCAUCUGGGAAUGGGAAAAACAAAGAAUGUAGAAAACAGCAGUCAAUUGGGUUCAUUUCAUCAUGUUGAUAAAGAUUGUGGUGGGUCACAAUCAGGAGAAGAAGGGAGUUCUGGCACAUUUGCUGUGUAUAAAACUUCUUCUUCACAUCCAAUAACGGCUCCUUCUCCUUUAAUUGGCCUGCCUGAGUUUUCUCAAUUGGGUUGGGGUCACUGGUUCACGUUACGAGAUCUUGAAGUUGCAACAAACCGAUUUUCAAAGGAGAAUGUUCUUGGCGAGGGAGGAUAUGGAGUUGUUUAUCAGGGACAUUUGGUUAAUGGGACGCCAGUGGCAGUUAAGAAGCUCCUCAACAACCUAGGCCAAGCGGAGAAAGAAUUUAGGGUGGAGGUUGAUGCUAUUGGCCAUGUGCGUCACAAAAAUUUGGUUCGCCUUUUGGGAUACUGCAUUGAAGGAACUCAUAGGAUGUUAGUCUAUGAGUAUGUCAACAAUGGCAAUUUAGAACAAUGGCUCCAUGGGGCUAUGCGCCAGUAUGGAUAUCUUACUUGGGAAGCCAGGAUCAAGAUUCUCCUUGGCACAGCUAAGGC